GGAUCUUCUGCAGUAUGGGAAAGAAGAAGCCAGAAUCAUGAAGGAAGUUGCUGGUCACAAGGAGGUGGAGAUGGGGAGGUCCUGCCCCACUCUGUCCUUCACAUGAGAAGGCCCUGGGGUUGUGUGCCCCUUUACCCUGAUUCUUCUUGACUCCUGAGCACCCCAGGGUCCCUGCACAGGACUCCUCUCCUGCCUGAUGGCUCUGCUGGUCUCACUUCCUGGAGGGAAUCAGGCCAUGGCUUGGAUCCUGCUUCUGCUGAUGUCAGCUGCAUGUCUGCAAGCUGGUGACACAGCAGGAUCCAACACAGAAAUACCUUAUGGGGUCAACCAAACAGCACGCCUCUCUGGUAUCCAGGACGGCUCCAUCGAUAUCCCCUUCUCCUUCUACUUCCCCUGGGAGUUGGCAGAGGAUCCACAGAUGAGGAUUCUCUGGAGAUGGAAGCACUUCCAUGGGAAAUUUAUCUACAACUCCACCCCACUUUUCAUACAUGAGCAUUUCAGGAACCGGCUCAUCCUGAAGUGGACACAGCCUCAGACAUCUGGAGUCCUCAGAAUCCUGAACUUGAAGGAGAAGGACCAGACAGUGUACUUCUGCCGAGUUCUCUGAACACAACAGAA